UGGGCUGCAGUGACAACUGAGCCCACAAUUGCCUACUAAAACGGAAAAACCCACAAUGCUGUGACUGAUCCACAAUACAUCUUAUCGGAAUCUCUCCCCUUCUCUUUGGGAAUGAAAAAUCAAGAGGGCAGCGAAACCCUCGAAAGGAGUCAUGGGGACUCUCUGUGUCGCAGUAGACGCAAUACCUGGAAAACCCAUUUUUCCUCUGUCACUGAAGUCGCCGAUUCAAUUGUACAGGACCAACCUCCAUUUCUCUCUGUCUCUGGAUUUGUCCACGAGACUCGCUCUCACAUUACAACCUGUAAAGCAGAACCUCACUGCACGGAGAUGGCGUGUCCGAGGGAGCGCUGCGGACUACGAUAUAGACAUGGUGAAGAACAGGGAGGGCGUCUACACUCCAAAAAAGAAAAAAGUUGUUGUCUUGUGGGACCUCGACAACAAACCCCCUCGUGGUCCGCCUUACCAGGCUGCAAUGGCGCUUAAGAAAGUGGCGGAGAAAUUCGGGGAAGUCGUUGACAUGUCGGCCUACGCGAAUCGCCACGCUUUCAUUCAUCUCCCGAUGUGGGUCGUCGAGGAACGGCGCGAACGCAAACAGUUUGAAAUUCUCGAGAGGAAAGGGCUGUUCACUCCGGCGGAGGCCUACGUGUGUAAGGUCUGUGGACGCAAAUGUAAAACGAGUCUUGAUUUGAAGAAACAUUUCAAGCAACUUCACGAGCGAGAGCGGCAAAAGAAAUUGAAUAGAAUGAGAUCAUUGAAGGGAAAGAAGAGACAGCGAUACAAGGAGAGAUUUAUUAGUGGGAACGAAAAGUACAACGAAGCAGCGAGGGAAUUGGUCACACCGAAAAUGGGGUAUGGUUUGGCGGCGGAGCUGAGGAGGGCAGGGGUUUAUGUGAAGACGGUGGAGGAUAAGCCACAGGCUGCGGAUUGGGCAGUGAAGAGGCAGAUGCAACAUUCAAUGACUAGAGGGAUUGAUUGGCUUAUCUUGGUAUCCGAUGAUUCAGAUUUUUCUGACAUGUUGAGGAAGGCGAGGGAGGAGAAAUUGGGGACGGUGGUGGUGGGGGAUUGGGACAGGGCGCUGGGGAGGCAUGCGGAUUUGUGGGUGCCCUGGGCAGGAGUUGAGAGCGGGGAGGUUACGGAGAAGGAUUUGGUCCCUAAGAGUAGGGAGAGUAGACAGGAAGACUUUGAGAGGGAUGAUGAGUCGUUUUCUGUUACGUAUUUUGAUGAUGGGAGAGAUUUGAAUAAUUUAGUGAAUGAGCUUGUGGCGGGUAGGUCUGAGUUUAAUGGCACAAGGAUUUCGGCAUUUUCAGAGGGUGAAAAAGAAGAAGAAGAAGAUGAUGAUGACCAGGACUAUGUGUUUUGGGAUAGUGAGGAUGAGGAAGAUGGUGGUUUUUUACUUUUGUAGAUGUAGUUAUAGUGAUAAAUGUCUGAUUGAUAAUGUACUAUCUGCAGUUGUGCACCAUCCCAUUCUUUUAUGAAAUUGGAAUAGUUUGCAGAUUGGACGGGGAGAUUAAAUUACAGAAGAGUUAGGGCCAUGGUUCAAUUUACAGCAUAGAUAGAAACCCACUUAAACACUCAGUUUAGCCCUUCUGGUCAUUUGCUAUAUCAAUAUGAUCAGAACCUGGUACGCCAUGAUGUGCAAAUCUGCAUCCUUACGCAGAUUGCACUAAUGUAUGGUGCUUGAUGCCCUCGUUCCUGCAAACGGUACAUUUCUGCUCCAGAUGAUUUACUUAAAUUUUGAUUUUGUUGAGUAGAUUUGCAACAUAUGGAUUA